GUUUUAUCCAAAAGAAUAAAAAAAUAUAAAAAGAAAAAAAGAAAGCAGAAGAAAAAAAAAAGGACUACAUUGAUGAUUAUAUUUUUUCCUCUACUAGUUUCUUUAUUUCCCACAAAUCAUGAAUGUUGUAACUCUCAUGAGAUUAACAUUCUUGAUUUGUCAUCCUCCUCCUAAUUGUCUUGUCUUUUAUCCUUGACUCUCUAUCAGGAUAUUUAUAAAAUUUGAAUUCUAAUUUUCCAUUGUCAAUAUUCAAUGAAUUAGAAAAGAAAUUGUUUCUAAUUUGGUUGAAUAUGAUAAUUGGAUAUAUGGAAUGGCUUUAAUUUCACGAGGCAAGCUUUAUUUGUGAGGAGAUUAUUAUCGCAGAGACGCGCAUAAAUUAUAGAGAUAUGGGUGCAUGUUGUUCCUGUCAAAGGGUGCGCCAUUAUGAUCAUCAAGGAAAUUACCGUCACCAUAACAUUGUGCACAAUAGUAAUGGGGAUGAUAGAGAUAAUAUUAUUGUUGAACAUGAUCAAGGUGUUGUAGGAAAGGGAGAUUUUGGUGCUAAUAUUAGGUUACAUGGAUAUUCUAAAUUUGUAUCUAUGUAUAGUCAACAAGGUAAAAAAGGGAUCAAUCAAGAUGCCAUGACUGUUUGGGAGAAUUUUGGUGGAGAGAAAGGUGCAUUCUUUUGUGGCGUCUUUGAUGGGCACGGUCCAUCAGGCCACAAGGUAGCGCGCUAUGUGCGCGACUUGUUACCGUCAAAAAUUUCGUUAUCGUUGAAAGAGUGCAACAUUAAUGAGAAUGAAAUUAUUAAAAGCACUGACGAUGACGAUGAAUCUGAUCAGAAUUACAUACUCUUUGAUGCAUGGAAAGCUGCAUAUCUUAAGUCCUAUAAAGAAAUGGAUGAACAACUUGGAAGGGAACCUACAAUUGAAAGUUAUUCAAGUGGCACAACAGCUGUUACUUUAUUUAAACAGGGGGAACAUUUGUUCAUUGGAAAUUUAGGCGAUUCUAGAGCAAUUAUUUGCACUAAAGAUGAGAAGGAUCAGCUUGUGUCCCAGCAACUUACAGUGGACUUGAAGCCUCACCUCCCAAGUGAAUAUGAAAGAAUUAAAAGUUGCAAAGGAAGAGUAAUGGCAAUGGAACAAGAGCCAAGUGUCUAUAGAGUGUGGAUGCCAGAUGAAGAUUGUCCUGGCUUGGCCAUGGCUAGGGCUUUUGGUGAUUUUUGCUUGAAAGACUAUGGCCUCAUCUCUGUCCCUGAAGUUUAUUAUAGAAAGCUCACUGAAAGUGAUGAAUUUGUUGUUUUGGCAACUGAUGGGGUGUGGGAUGUUUUAAGCAACGAUGAAGUGAUCCGGAUAGUUGCGACAACAAGAAAGCGAUCAAUGGCAGCAAGAACACUAGUAGAAUGUGCAGUUCGUGCCUGGAAAUACAAAUAUCCGCGUGCAAAAGUAGACGAUUGUGGAGUAGUAUGCUUGUUUUUCAAACGCCAAAAGCCUCUGUUAACCAAAUCAAUGUCUGAAGUUACUCAAUUGAGUUUCAAUUAUUUAGAGCUAGCAAACGAUCAAAAUUACCCUGACAACACGAAAACGGAUGAUGGCCUUGAUACGUUGCUUGAUUAUCAAGUUAAAGAAGGAGAUGAUCAAGAAGUUGCUCGCAGAGUUAAGGAUGGUUUUGAUAACGAUAACAAGAGUUCAUCGACAGAAAAUCUACAUUAUCGUGGCCAACGAAGAAGAUCUGCAACAAAAUUUGUGUAUCUUGAAGAUCACCAAUAACGUAAGAGAGAAAAUCAAAUGCUUGUAUACAUAUAUAAGUAGCCAGAAAAAGAAGAGGUCCAAAGCCAAAACCAGGGUCCAAAUUACAAAAUGUUCAAGACAUCAAUGUUGAUGUAUAUAACUUAAACGCUUUAAAAAAUUCAAAAUUGAAAAUCAGGGCCUCUUGAGUCAUCCCAAGACGAGGCAACCUCUAAAUAUGAUGUGUAUUUUAGAGGGUUAAAAUCUCAUGAAGCUAAGUACGUCUCAAUAAAAAAAACAUUCGUCUUAUGGACAGAAAAAUGAUAUAUGUACAUGGAUUGCCAUCAUAGCUAA